UGUCAGAUGGCGGCGAAUUCUUGGAGAGAGAUUCCCUCUAAGGUCGGUUUGGAAGUUGCAGAAUGCGUGAAAAGAUGGAAGAACACCCGGGACAAGUACGUUCGCCUCCGAAAGAAACUCGCCCCUAGGAGCGGGGACCCAGGCGGGAAGAAAGUCCCUGCGUUUUAUAUAUUCCUUUCUUGGCUCGCACCGCAUAUAAAACACCGGGUCACCGAGUCAAACUUUGAUGAGGGUUGUAGUGAUGCCAGCAGCACAAACUCCUCUUCCUCAUCAUCCUCAUCAAUGGUUACUUCCGGAGAAGUUGCCCUCCAUCCCGAGCCAUCUCCUUCACCUCCCGAGCCAUCUCCUUCACCUCUUGAGCCAUCUCCUUUGCCUCUCGAGCCAUCUCCUCUGUCCCCCAGGCCAUCUCCUUCGCCUCUCCGACCAUCUCCUUCGCCUCUCCAGCCACGUGCUUCGCCUCUCCAGCCAUCUCCUCUGUCCCCCCAGCCAUCUUCUUUGUUCCCCAGCCCAAGGAAUGGACAAAAACGGAACAGGAAAGACAAAGAUGAUUGGAUGCAAGUGCAAGUUGCCAGGCUAGAGUCACAGUUGGAAGAACGGCGAACCGAGCUCCAACAAAGACUGAGCCAAAACAGCGAUGAAAGUUCCCGGUUUGGCAACACUGUUGCUGACAUGCUGCGAAGGGUACCAGAGGAGCACAGGUCACAGGCCAUGUUUGACGUGUACAAGCUCCUUUUUGAGUGUCAACAAAAGACAUGAAGAACUUCGCACUUAAUAAACACUGUGCACGA